CCUUACAUCAUCAUCAUGACGGCCAACCUGAAUUUGCUCUCUCAGCAGAAAGCAGACUAUGAGGAUGAGGCAGAGGUGAGUGUGUCAUUGUCCCCAACAGACUCGGCGAUAAGUCCGUCGCCUCCACGCUAUCAGGUUGUUACUACCGAUGCUCCAGCAACCUCACAGCAGAUACAGAUUGUAACUGACCAACAGAGGGGUCAGAAAAUUCAGAUUGUGACUGCCAUGAACCCUUCCAGUGCCCCCAAACAACAAUUCAUUCUGACCACAUCAGACAAUUCUGGAGCUGGCAAGGUUAUUCUGACCUCUCCAGACAACCACAAUACGAAGCAACUCAUCUUUACGUCUGCAGACAACCUGAUGCCAGGAAGGAUACAGAUUGUCACAGAUCCAUUGUCGAUGGAGCAGUUACUCGGCCAAUCAGGCGAUCUGAGCCGGCCACAGACAGUGGAGUACUGCGUGGUGUGUGGAGACAAGGCUUCAGGCCGUCACUACGGAGCAAUGAGUUGCGAAGGUUGUAAAGGCUUCUUUAAGCGGAGUGUGAGGAAAAACCUGACCUACAGCUGCCGUAGUAAGCAGGACUGCGUCAUUAACAAGCACCACCGCAACCGCUGUCAGUUCUGUCGCUUGAAGAAAUGCCUUAACAUGGGGAUGAAGACUGACUCUGUUCAGAGUGAAAGGAAGCCUGCCGAUGUUAUUCCCAGAGAGAAACAUGUCAACUGCGCUCCGUCCACCCAGAAGAUCUACAUCCGCAAGGACCUUAACAGUCCACUCAUCGCCACACCAACUUUCAUCUCGGACACAGAGACGGAUGGCUCCAGAUCCAGCUUGCUGGACCAGGGGAUGCUUGUUAACAUCCAGCAGCCUGUCAUGCAAAGUGAUGGAACGCUUCUGCUGACAACUGACUCAAAGACGGAGUCUAGCCACGGUGACCUUGGGACACUCGCAAAUGUGGUGACCUCACUGGCCAGCCUGAGUGACUCACUGAAACAGAACUUGAAAAAUGGAGAUUCAUCAGAUUGCACAUAUGUGAAAAAAAACACGACAGAGAUUACUCGUGCCUUUGACACCCUGGCCAAAGUGCUCAAUCCACCUGAAACGGGCGUCAUAGCUGAAAAGUGUGUUAGUGAAACGACCUUUCAGCUAAUUGGCCGAGAUCAAGAAACCCCAAUCAUUGAGGUGGAAGGGCCACUGCUUACAGACGGUCAUGUUAACUUUAAGUUGACGAUGCCCAGCCCCAUGCCUGAAUAUCUGAAUGUACAUUACAUCUGUGAGUCUGCAUCCAGGCUUCUCUUUCUCUCAAUGCACUGGGCCCGUUCCAUCCCUGCCUUCUUGGCUCUCGGGCAGGAAGAAAACACGGGCUUGGUUCGAGCCUGCUGGAAUGAGCUGUUCACUCUUGGUCUCGCUCAAUGUGCUCACAUCAUGAACCUGUCCACGAUCUUGGCUGCCAUUGUCAACCACCUGCAGAGUAGCAUCCAGGAUGACAAGAUGUCAGGUGAAAGGGUGAAGCAGGUGAUGGAGCACAUCUGGAAGUUCCAGGAGUUCUGCAACAGCAUGACCAGGUUGGAGACAGACAGCUACGAAUACGCAUACCUGAAGGCCAUCGUCUUAUUCAGUCCAGAUCAUCCUGGCGUGGACUGUGGCGGACAGGUGGAAAAGUUUCAGGAAAAAGCCUUGAUGGAGCUGCAGGAUUAUGUACAGAAAACGUAUCCGGAUGACACCUACAGGUUGACCCGCAUCCUGACCCGCCUCCCAGCGCUGCGCCUCAUGAACUCCAACAUCACGGAGGAGCUCUUUUUCACUGGCUUGAUUGGUAACGUCUCUAUUGACAGUAUAAUCCCCUACAUUCUGAAGAUGGAGACUGCCGAGUACAGCAGCCAGGACAGCGACUCUGCCGAGUGA